AUGAAAUUACUUAUAUAUGAAGAUUGGAAAAACUCUGCUUCAUCAAGAGAUAAUUUCACAUUCUAAUAAGAAGUCAAAAUAUAAUCAGAAUGUUAUCAAAUUGCACGUGACUUUGAGAUUCUAUUGAAAAAUAGUGAAUAAGGCACAUUCAAUCAAUAUUUUUAAAAGGCACUCUCUAUAUUUCACAGAUUUGCUCAUUAAGUUUCUUAUAAGAAAUUUAAUAGACAUAUUUAUAUGGCAGCUUGUUUAUUUUUAUCAGCCAAAGAUAAUGACAUGUUUGAUUGGUCUGUUAAGAGAUAUGCAAGUGCAUUUAUUAGUUAUUGCAUAUCAAAAAAGGCAGUAGAUAUUGAUGGAUUGAAGAUAGAAAAUGAUGACUAAAAUACUUAUAAAAUUAUUUAAGAGAAAAUAAUAGAUGCAGAAUCUCAUAUUUUAUAGAUGAUAGGAUAUGACUUACAUAUAAUAGUUCCAUAGUUAUACUUCUAAGAAGCCAAAACUAAAUUAGUUGUAGCUUAAGGAGAUAUUUAAUAAUUGUUUGAAUUUGCAUAGAAAUUUUUAUCAGAUUUAUUCCUUAAUAAUGCAUGUCUAUAUUAUGAACCAAAAAUAAUUACUCUUUGUGCAAUUACUAUGGCUAGCAAAUUAUUAAAAAUAACAAUAGCAGAUUUGUCUAAUGGGGAACCUUGGCACUCUAUAUUUGAUUAAAAUUUAGAAGCAAAUGUAUAGACUCAAAAGGAAAUAUUAGAAAUGACCAAUUAUUUCGAUUAAUGCAUAUAAAUUUUAAAAAGUUGAC